CUUCCCACCGAUGAUUUUUUUCCGAUUUCAAAAAAAACUCGGGUUUCGGAGAUAUUCCGGGUGGUUUCACACGCCCUCGGGGAAUUUUUUCCCGCCACACACACACCAGAGGACACACACACACACACACCCUUUACGCACGCAACGAAAAAUGCACACGCGCUCCGGGCACAUGGGUCGCCCAAAGGGUAAGCGCAAGCUGCCAAGAAACGCCGACGGCACGAUUCGGAAGGCCCCUUCGCCCCCUGCGGACCCUGCUGUAGGCAACGACUCUCCUCCCUCUUCCGACCAUGAAGGACGCCAAUAUUUCUCCCAUGCACACCAACGACCACGACGAUGACUGGCCCCACCGCCGUUCUCAUCGGCCUGCCGAAAGGAGGAAAGCAGCUGCUCAUGGAGAUGGGGCUGUGGGAAGGCGAGCCAACCCUACGCGUUCACGAGUGCAGCGCGUGCAGGGCGGAAAAGGCGGCAACAAGGCAAGCCAUUACCGCCUUCAACCGCGGUGGAGAGGGGCGGCAGCAGGUGGUGGACAACACGGGGCAGGGAGAGGAGGACGGCGGAGAGGACGGGGACUCGGGUGGGAGCGGGGCAGCUGGUGAAGCAGGCAAGAGGCGUCGCUGCUGCGUCGUGCGCGUUCUGUCUGAGCUCAAGGCGUUCAGGGAGGAGCUCAACAUGGUUGAGAAGCUCUUCAAGGCACACGGGCACCUGUGCAUCUUCUUGCCGAAGUACCACCCAGAGCUCAACGCAAUCGAGCGAUACUGGGGGUACAUCAAGCACCUCCUCCGCCUCCACUGCGAGUAUUCCCUUCGCCACAUGCUCCAGGUCUUGCCCGGCGCGUUGAGCGGCGUACCCGCACGGUUUAUCCGCGCAUGGAGCAGGGUGACGUGGCUGUACAUCGAAGCCUACGACGAGGGCCAGGAGGUCUACCUCGAGUACCGCGAUCUCAAGGAGUGGGGGAAGCACCGAGAAGCCACCGCCAGGGGAGAUGCCGUGAUUCAGGCGAGGGGGGCGGGGAAGACGCCGGAGCAGAAGAAGGCAGCCGAGGCGAAGGCGCUUGCGGCUGCGCAGGAAGUGCGCAAGAAGUCGAUGGCAGCGACCAGGGAAGCCUUCAACACGUGGACGAGCAAGAGAGCCUCCCGGAAGGAGCAGCUACGGCUGUGGAUUUUGCGCAACACGAUGAAUUUUUUGAGGAAAUGGUUGGGCGGGCACGCUCAGGCGUGAGUGGGGAGGGUACGUAUCUAUAUGUCGCGGUGUGUUGUAGAGUUGGUUUCUCGCGUUUAGGCGCGGUAGAGGCGUUCGUCAUGGUCACCAACUCAACGCUAUAGCUGUCUCUCUUGGUAUCGGACUUGCUUAGAGAGAACGGAUGUGAUUGCUGCAUGGUUUUUUUGCAGCACCUUCACCAGCCAGGGGUUGAGUAGAAAGUAAACGGCGGUAUUGUAUGUAUGUAUGUACAUAUGUAACGUGUAAAUAAUGUAAAUAAUAUGGAUUGACAACGGUUUAACUGAUGUUCUGAAGGCAUAUACGUGUAGAAGGGAGGGGUUGAGGGGGGGUCGUGUUGUACUUUGGGGGCUCCGU